UGUGGACACAGCGCGUGUGAGUUCACCCUCCUCUCUCCAGACAGGAGGCGAGGACAUCCCCCUCUAACACUGUGCCAACAGAGAGAGGAAGAGAGCAGAGAGAGAGACAGAGAGAGAGAGAGAGAUAGAGAGGGAAAGAGAGAGAGACUGAAACCCCAUAAUGCACUGCACGCUGCAGGGCUGAAGUCGUGCAGAUUCAUCAGUUCCUGUUCGGAGGGACCGUGUGUAAGCACACACACUCAUACACCCAGACCGAGUGCAAGAGAAACACACAGACAGCCAGGCAGAGAGAAGUGCCUUCUUUCGCUGACCCCUUUGGCUGUUUGGCUCCACUGAAACCGCUUCUGCCUCCGUGCCUGUCCAUGUCUGCUGGAGUUGCCAGCCACACCAGGAGCCCCAGGACUGCCAGGACUGCCAACCCCAUCCACUGACACCUCCCUCCUUCUCUCCAUCUCCUGCUCUGUCUGCCAGUCAGGCCUCUCUCUCCAUCCAUGCCACUCAGCCCUCCUCUGUGGAAGUCAACCACUCCUUCCUCCUCUGCAGACAGACCCUGAUACCGAAGACAGAUAACUUUUAUUGGUUCCUGUGAGCGGAAGGAGAUUGUCUCUUAGCUGUCUCCACCACAGCCUUCUCCUCAUCAUCCUGCCCUCCUUCUGUUCCUCUUUCUUCUCCUUCCUCCUCUCCUCCAGCCCUGCAUCUUUUCAUCAUGGGCCAACUCGAUCGAUAAUGUGUUUUGCCGUUUGUCUCAUCUGACAGUUCAGCCUAGGAGCAAGGCGAUAGAGAGCGAACUGCCGUGUGUGUGUGUUUGAGGGAGAAGGGACGAGAGAGAGAGAUUACAGAGCAAACCUCUGUGGCCGUCAUCAGCCCAGGCCCUGGGUGACAGGCGGUGAACGAUUCCUAUUACAGCCACAAACAGACUCUUAGGAUGGGCCGCAGGUGGUAGGCGAGUCCCAGGCCUCACAGGCUUCAUCUCAGAAUCAGACCCUGGUGACAAAACCUCUUAAAACUGGCUUUUUCCCAUGUCCUUUAAUUGUUUCUCAUCAUUUGUCCCAGUGUCAUCAAAAACAUUCAGACGCACACAUAAUAGCAGCUGCUGGAUACCUAUUCCUCUAAAUCGACCCCUCCUGCCUGGUUCAAAAUGGCGGUGAAUGUAACACCGAUCCGGGACACAAAGUGGCUGACAUUGGAGGUUUGUCGGGAAUUCCAGAGAGGAACGUGUUCACGACCGGACAGUGAGUGCAAGUUCGCACACCCUGCCAAGAGCUGUCAAGUGGAAAACGGCAGAGUCAUUGCCUGUUUUGACUCACUGAAGGGCCGCUGUUCCAGGGAGAACUGUAAGUACCUGCAUCCUCCUCCCCACCUAAAGACCCAGCUGGAGAUCAAUGGAAGGAACAACCUCAUCCAGCAGAAAAACAUGGCCAUGCUGGCCCAGCAGAUGCAGCUUGCCAACGCCAUGAUGCCCGGCACGCAGUUACAGCCAGUGCCCAUGUUUUCAGUCACACCCAGCCUUGCAACCAAUGUUAAUGCUGCUGCGGCGGCGGCCGCUGCAUUUAACCCCUACCUUGGCCCUGUGUCGCCUGGCCUGAUGCCUGGUGACAUCUUGCCCAGCGCCCCUGUACUGGUCACCAGCAACCCCAAUGUCCCCGUACCAGCUGCUGCUGCUGCUGCUGCACAGAAACUCAUGAGGACAGACAGACUGGAGGUGUGUCGGGAAUACCAGCGGGGUAACUGCACACGCGGGGAGAACGAUUGUCGCUUUGCCCACCCUGCAGAUAGCACUAUGAUUGACACCAACGACAACACAGUCACUGUGUGUAUGGACUACAUUAAGGGCCGCUGCUCGAGGGAGAAGUGCAAGUACUUUCACCCUCCGGCUCACCUGCAGGCCAAGAUCAAAGCCGCCCAACACCAAGUCAACCAGGCUGCGGCUGCUGCAGCCAUGACUCAGUCGGCUGUCAAAUCACUGAAGCGACCCCUCGACGCAACUUUUGACCUGGGGCUCCCUCCCGUCUUGCCUCCUUUACCAAAGAGACCUGCACUUGAAAAAGCCAACGGUGCCACCACUAUGUUCAAUGCUGGCGUAUUCCAGUACCAACAGGCCCUGGCCAACAUGCAGUUUCAGCAGCAGGCUGCCUUCAUACCAUCAGGCUCGAUAUUGUGCAUGACACCUGCAACAAGUGUUGUACCCAUGAUGCACGGUGCUACUCCAGCCACUGUGUCUGCAGCCACCACAUCUGCCACAAGUGUUCCCUUUGCAACCGCAACAGCCAAUCAGAUUCCAAUAAUAUCUGCGGACCAUCUGACUAGUCACAAGUAUGUGACCCAGAUGUAGGAGUCUCAAUCAGAACAAUGGAACUGGAGCGUGCUGGUGUCGAGUCCAAGAUUAGCGGUCACCCUUCAUGCCUGUAACAUCAAGAGCAAAACGGAAAACCAAAUCUCAAUUGGUUUGGAAUAAAUCUGCAUGUUAACAUAUGAGGCACAGUUUAUUAGGAUUGUUUUCAUGUGUACUUCAUGCACACUAUUACACAACAACAACAACAACAACAGAAAAGAACAUAAUUUGCAUUAAAGACUGCCUCAUUCUGUAGAGACAACUUACCUUUAUUCACCGGACACACUUUGAAUGUUAACAUGAGGUAAAUGUGUGGAGCGGUCAUCAAAAAAUCGGCUGGAUUGGUACAUCCAUUGACCAAGAAUCAUGACUUGUGUUUGUUUAUUGGUUGUUGGUCUCUGACCUAAAUGUGUUCAUUUGUUUACACAAAGGUACACCUUGUAUUUCAGUUGAGGUAAAAGAAACGGAAAUCUGACUGAAUCACAUAUGCAUGCACAAUGAUUUUGUUUAUGAUUUUAUUUUGUUAAACUAGUGAUAAGGGAAAUUACAUGAGUGCACUCAGAGGCAAAAUAGCAACUGAAUGUCUGUGAGGUGUCUUUCAAACCUUUGUAGCCUACCUUUCUAUCUCUUAAGCACAUGUCUUUAACCUUGCAGGCAUCCCUGUAAAGUGCCAUACAUCUCAAAACACAUGAAUGGUAUUUAAGCAGCGUUACAAAGUGUUUAACUCAACAAUUCCCUUUAAUACGUCUAUUUUCUCUCUUGGACAGCAUGUAGUGUCCAAUGUUGUUACCUGUCAUUACCUGUGAUUCCCAAUAGCACCACUGCUGAUUAGAUUACUUUCCCCAAAUUGCCUGAUUUACUCAAAUCUUCUACUGAAUGAAAAGCUUUUAUGUUUUCAUAGACUUUAUUAUUGGUGUCAGUUGUUUAGACAGGAAACGACUGGAUCUGUGCCGACACAGAUCUCUCCAUGAUCUUUAAGUCAAUUGACUCUAAAAGUCAGAUGAGUUGUAUGGGGAGGUCUUGGCCUGCACGAGAGACCAAAGACUCUCCUAAUAAUGAAGAUGUUACGAUGAAUAGCUUUGAAACAACAGGGCGAUCAGUUGGUAUCCAAACUGCUGUGAGACAGAAGUCAAAAUCGACGGUGCAACUGGUGGAUAUGUGAUUUGUAUAACAUGAUUUGUUUUUCAUGUUUGUACACAUAUUUUAAGACAGAUUGUCAAAGUAGAUUCAGUGUAGUGUGUGUAUAUAUAGUCUGACAUAUUUAAGAAUAUUUGUUUAAUACGUCUACCUGAGAACUGUUUUCAGAUAGUCAGCCAAAGUCUUUUUUGUGUCACUGUUACUAGAUAUUGUAGGUAGACUAGUGGGAGAACAUUUUUUAAAUGUGUGGGCCACAUUAGCGAGCCCAAAGAAAGAUCGGGUGUAAAGAGUAGAUCUCUAGAAUUCUUUGUUUUUGUUGUGUUCUGGGUGUUCUUCAGGCAUAUUUAAUUGGUGGAUAGUACAGGGAAAGUGGCAAGAAUAUAAACGAUUGUAUUACUCAUCCAAAGCCUUAGAAUGUACCAUCGGGUCAGCACAAUGCAACAUGCCAUUUUGAACCAUCCAGUUGCCUAAUCCACGUCAUAUUAACACACACACACACACACACGCACACACACACACCUACACACAGACCUACACACACACACACACACACACACACACACACAGAGCACUAUGUAAUUGUCACUUUUUUUGUCAGUGUUUUCUUAACUUUCUUGUAGUUUUUCUUUAGAUGAGGAGUGUUUUACUUUAUUUUGUUUGGAUGAUAUUUUGAUAUUUAGUUCUGAUUUUUAGUUUUGCUUAUUAUAUUUAUCUUUCUUAUAAUGAAUAUAAGGUAAAAGUGUGUGUUUGUGUGUUCCUCAUGCACAGUUUCCUGAAAUUCCAUGUAAUGUUACUUUUAGUAUGAUUACAAUUGUAAACUCAAUAUUUUCUACGUUAUGCAUAUUGUUGAACUGUAUGCAUAUUGUUCAUUUCUCUAGUCUUUUUGUGUUCUUUGAACAAAGAUGUUUUAUAUGAGUAUCUAACAGUGAUGAUAUAAUAGAACAGAGAGGCUAAGUUGUCACUGUGGCAACCAUCGCCGAUAACCGAGUAAUAUUUUAAUGAUUGUAAGGUUUGUAACUAGUCAUAUAAGAAAAAAAAGACUAUUAUAAAAAUCUAGUUCUUAGAUGUUUAGAGUAAAGAUGUUAUUUUCUACUGUAUCCAUUUCAAAUAGUAACUAUUGUUUAAAUAUUUUUACUCUCCCUGGAAAUUGGGCCAUGUUGGAAAACAAGCUGCAUAUUUGAUCACUUUUUCGGGGGCGUUGCUGGCGGGGUCAGGUGAACGUGGUGAGGAGGGGGAUUGAGUAUGCACACUCGUCUCUUACUCAGCCAACUGCAAACAACAAGGGUGGGGUGGGGAAUCUCAAGGCGUUAAAGGUGAUAAAGGUUGACUUUUUUGCACUUCUGUACAUAGUCAAAAAAGAGAGAAUCAUGUAUAUUGAGAUCUUAUUUUGAAUAAAAAAAUAAUGUCUAUAAUGACAAGGAAUUUUGCUAGGAUAACAAAAAAAAUCUUAUGAAAGGCUGAACAAAAUUGCUUGCAUCAAAAGGGCACUGAGUUCUCACUCUCCGACCCCUUUCAGAAAAGGCCAAGUGUUGCUCUUCUUUUUUGUCAGCAGCUUGUAGUUUGCCAGGUAACCUUCCGGAGGAGGCGUCCACUGCCCUCCAGUGUAAGGGCCUGACUGGGUUUGUCUGGUCCCCUAACCUGCCUGUACUGACAGGUCUGUGUGUCAUGGCCACGCCCUCCCAGGCCCAACCAAUCACAACACGUCCUGUCUCUUUACUUUACUCAGAGAGGAAUGCAUGUUAAAGGAAAUACAUAUACCGUUAAAAAAAAAAAAAUCACGACAGUAAUAUUGAAUAAGAAAACAUGUUACACAGAAAGAUGUAUUUACAGUAUACAAUAUUCUAUCAAUGUAAUGGAAUAAAAUAUAUAGAAAAAAUACAAAAAUAGAAUAGUGGUUUAUUUAAAAAAAAAAAAGAUUCCUGAAAAUAUACUCACUAAAGUUUUACCACUUGGAGAGUUAAAAUACAUGCAACACAAACACCAUAGCUAUAAGUAUGUUCUUUAUGUUUAUGUAAGCUGUGCUUCUAGUAGAUGAAACUGACCAAACAGGAAUGUAGUUUAACAUCAGGCACAAUUUAAGAAUAAUUUCAGACUGAAAUACUGUUUUGUGGUUUGUUCAUUAAGUCGUUAGUUUGAAAUAUUGUCCUGAUCAUCUUUGUCAUCUCUCAUCUCCUACAAGCACGCAUGCUUACGUUUAUGAUAUAAUGUAAACUGAACUUUUUUUCAUUUGUUGUUUGUUUUCUCUGCUUGUAGUGCUAAUAUGAUGUAUUCUGUCUUCUGCUGCAGUUUGUUUCUGCUUGUUUUACUGCUCCAGGCCCCCUGAAAGGAUGUGUCACGUUUGAAUGUCGGCCACCUCCUCUGAAAAGCACCUGUAGAGAAAACCUCUGUUUGUCGCAGUCUAAAGCCAUAAAAUAUAAUCUCAUCAGAAUGAAAUGUGUGAGAAGAAGCCUGAAAAGAAAUAGGGGUGGUAAUGUGUAUCUUCUGAAGCUGGUAGGAAUAUGUUUGCUGGGGUUUUAUUAUCUACAAAAUCAUGUAAUAAUUGAAGUCAUGAAUGUAGCUAAUAUAACCUUGUUGUGCUGUGCCAACUUUGAUGGAUAUGUAUGGUUAAGAGAAAGAAGUUCAUGACACAUGUUUUCACGGGGCCUGCAUUGCUAUAUUUGAUUCUUGCUGUUAUGAAUAAAAAAAUGUAAUAAAAAUUUACAAACGAACUGAA